AUGAAGGGUGGAAGGCCGGCCAAGGGAGAGGCGGAGCCCGCCGUGGCACCCGCCGCGCCGCUGCCGGCGGAGGAGUCGGACAGCUCGGCUUCGGUCACAGAGGAAGAGGGGGGGGAGGAGGAGCUAGCGACAGCGCAGGCGUCGCGGACGGCGGCUGACGAGCGGACGCGGCACGCGCUGACGGAGAGGCUCGAGCGGGAGGCAAGGGAGUCGGCUGCGAACUUGGCACGCGAGGUGGCGGCGCGCGAGGCGGAACAGUUGGAGGCCGCUCGGCGGUGGGCAAUGGAGUCUGCUGACGCGCUGCACGCUGUUGCGAGAUGCGUGGCUCAGGCGGCCCCGACAGUCGGGGGCGGCGAGAGCGACGGCGACGCGACGAAGGCUUUGCCCGAGAGGGCGACGAGCGCUCGGCCGGAGCCUUUGCCCUCACGCCUCCGGCGCGUCUGUGAGGUCCUUGGCUUGGAGCCGGGGCGCAACCUGGUGGCGACGGCCCGCAGCGCGGCGGAGGCGCUCGGCUUGGGCCUCUCGGGCAAGAGCCUACCCGAUCAGGUAUUGGAGCUCGAGCGAUGUCUGAGCUUGAGGAUGAGGUGA